AUGGCGGCUUUUUCUGGUGGGGGACGUGUCCCCACCGCUCACGGGGAUCAGCCCUGCCUCGUGCUCGUGCUUGUCUCCGGGACCUCCUGCCAUUGCACGAGGUGGUCUGCGCGACCGCGCAGCUGGGAUCAGUGCUGGCAGGGCAACGUCUGUAAAGGGGCAGUCGCUUUGCUCCUUCCCGGUACAAACUCGGGCCUUUCCCUUGCAGAGCGGAGACGGCGAGAGGCCAUUGCUGCAGCCACAUGCCUGACCGAGGCCCUGACGGAUCACCUGAAUGUUGGGGUGGGCCAGGCCUAUGUGAACCAGAGGAAGCUGGACCAUGAAGUGAAGACACUGCAGAUCCAAGCUGCCCAGUUCGCCAAGCAGACAGGCCAGUGGAUCAGCAUGGUGGAGAACUUCAACCAAGCGCUCAAGGUCAGUCUGCCCUGGGACGCCUUGGGGGCGUGGAUCUACUGGCCGGCUGCCCCCCGCCCUGCCCCGAGGGCAGAGACAGGAAGGCCAGGCAGGUGCCCUCCCACCUCCAGCCCAGGGCUGGGAAAGGGCCCCCAGAGGGUCUGGGGGGAAAGCACCCCUGUCUGCUGGUGGGAGGGGGCUCAGAUUUCCCUGGGGCCCUUGGCCGUGAAGCAGGGGGAGGACGCCAUGCGGGGGGAGGCAGCUGGUUGGUGCUGGCUUCUGUUGAGACAGGCCUGGGCCCCCAUCACGCUGGCAUGGGCACCAUCCUCGCUCUCUCCCGCGCUCUUGGUUCAGAACCAUUUGUUCAGGGCUUAGUCUCCCUCCGACCUCCCCACAGCAGUAGCUCCAGGGCAGAGAAUCGGCUCUUUGAGCCUGGCUUGGCCGGAGCCCUCAGAGCUGCUUUGUGCCCGGCAGGCAUGGGGGGCGGCAGGAUGGUGCUUCUCGCUGCACAGAGUCAGAGCCGCCCAACGCGCCCCCUGCUGGCGCCCAACUCCUCCCCUUCGCCCACCCAGUGGGCUGGCAUGGCCGUGCACCCAGCACCGCCCCUGGCUUCACCCACCUGCAGCCUCGGCGCCGGACAUACCGUCUGCCUGACGCGGGGGGUGCUGGCAAUGCCGGGAGUGUUCCCUCCUGGUCCUGCCUACGCUGGCUCCGGGGCCCCUGCACCACUGGGCACUGGUGCAAUGAGUGGAGCAGCCUCAGCUGCCCAGGUGCAAGGAAUGGAUGGUUCAGCACGACGGGCACCUGUGCGCUCAGGAGGCACUCAG